GGCCGGGCCGGAGCGGAGCGUCGAGAGAGAGAGAGGCCAUUACAGCGGGAAGGCCCGGAGCGGACGGACGGACGGGAACGGCCAAGAUGUGCGACUUCACCGAGGACCAGACUGCGGAGUUCAAGGAGGCCUUCCAGCUCUUCGACCGGACCGGGGACGGGAAGAUCCUGUACAGCCAGUGUGGGGACGUGAUGCGGGCCCUGGGCCAGAACCCCACCAACGCGGAGGUGCUGAAGGUCCUGGGUAACCCCAAGAGUGACGAGAUGAACGUGAAGGUGUUGGACUUCGAGCACUUCCUGCCCAUGCUGCAGACCGUGGCCAAGAACAAGGACCAGGGCACCUACGAGGACUACGUGGAAGGGCUGCGGGUGUUCGACAAGGAGGGCAACGGCACCGUCAUGGGCGCCGAGAUCCGCCACGUCCUCAUCACGUUGGGUGAGAAGAUGACAGAGGAGGAAGUGGAAGUGCUUGUGGCCGGACACGAGGACAGCAAUGGCUGCAUCAAUUACGAAGAGCUAGUGCGGAUGGUGCUGAAUGGUUGAAGUUUCCCCCUCCCACCUGCCCCCUGCCCCCGUUCUCGCCCCCCAUCCCGGUUCAGGGCUGGCGGCCAGGUGCUUGGACUCUGGGCCUGUGCUCUGCUCCUGGGUGAGAUGUGUUCUCCACUCCACCUCCGCCCCACUUCCCCACCACCCAACCAGACCCCACCACGCCUCACACCCUUGACUUAUUGCUUUCGUUAAAUAAACUCCCUUGGCCCA